UCGAUUACUUUGUUAAAUCUUAGAUAAGCGCUCAGACCCGCAGGCCUUCUACAGCUCCAUCUGAAUAAGGGCAGCGCCAUGUUUCUCUUCCCAUCGCCUAUAGCGCUCCGUCCGCCCGAGACGACUGAAUAUUAAGAUUUAGCAACGCACCAAAAUACACACACGCCGGAUCCCAAACAGCUACGUGUUCUCUAUAUUAGUGCACUAUUAAGGGUAGAUAAACAGGAGAAGAUGCGCCCUACACAGUGCACUAGGUAACUAUUCGGGAUUGAGCCGAGCGAAACUGAGGAAAGUGUGCGUUUAGACCAGAUGAGCUAGAGAAAGUGCAAGGUUUCUGUAUGGAAUGUCAGGAAAGAGUCGAGCUGUCCGUCUUCACAGAUGUGGAUAAGGAGCUUUUCAUAAAGGAGAUCUACCCUCUGAGAAAACCAGCGGUGCUCAAGGGAGUGCAUUUAGGGCCAUGCCUUGAAAAAUGGACAGUGGAUUACCUGGCAGAAAAGGGAGGAAGCCGGGAGGUCAAAGUUCAUGUGUCUUCUGUUCCUCAGAUGGACUUUCUGCAUAAGAAUUUCAUAUACAGGACAUUACCAUUUGACAAGUUUGUCCAGAGAGCUGCAGCAGAAGCAGAGCAUGAAGCGUUCUUCAUUAGUAAGAACGAGAGUUACUACUUAAGAUCACUCGGAGAAGACGCUCGUAAGGAGCCUGCUGACCUGAAGAAGCAGUUUCCUGACCUGGCUCAAGACUUCUGUAUACCUCAGUUUUUUGAGCCUGAACAAUUUUUCUCCAGUGUUUUCCGCAUCAGCUCACCUGGCUUGCAGCUAUGGACACAUUACGAUGUCAUGGACAACCUGCUGGCUCAGGUAACCGGGCGAAAGCGUGUUGUUCUCUACAGCCCCCAAGAUGCCUUGCACCUGUAUCUGUCAGGUGAUAAGUCUGAAGUUUUGGACAUCGACACUCCAGAUUUAAAGCGCUAUCCAAAUUUUGUGAAAGCAUGUCGAUAUGAAUGUGUUUUAGAACCAGGUGACAUGCUCUUCAUCCCAGCCCUUUGGUUUCACAACACUUUGGCUCUUCAGUUUGGCGUUGGAGUCAACGUAUUCUGGCGCCACCUGCCCCUGGACAGCUACGAUAAGAAAGACCCGUACGGAAACAAGGACCCGGUGGCAGCGUCAAUGGCCUUGCAGACCCUGGAGCGAGCACUGGGAGUACUGGAUCAGCUGCCAGCUGAAUAUCGAGACUUUUACGCUCGCCGCAUGGUGCUGCGCAUUCAAAGCCGAGCGUACGCCGAUGAAACGUAACGCGAGAGAGCAGCUUGUUCUCUCACCCACUGUAAUGUUCCAGAUGAAAUAUAAAGACAGAUACUACAGACUCUGUUCCUGAUUAAGUGGGUCUGGGACAUCUUAUUAAAGUCACAGUAGAAAAAAGAAAA